ACACCAGCAUGGAUCUCGUCCUGAACGUCGCAGACUAUUACGUCCUCACCCCGCACGUCUACCCGGCCUCCUGGCCAGAGGAUGAGGCGAUCCGGCAGAUCCUCAGCCUCAUGAUCGUCACCAACCUGGGCGGCGUCGUCAUCUACCUUCUGUUCGGAACCCUCAGCUACUUUUUUAUAUUCGACCAUUCGCUGAUGAAACAUCCGCAGUUCCUGAAGAACCAAGCCCGCCGAGAGAUCUUCUUCUCCUUGAAGUCCAUGCCUUGGAUGAGCGCCCCCACGGUCGCCCUGUUUUUUGCUGAAGUUCGGGGCUACAGCCGGCUCUAUGACAACAUCGACAGUUCCCCUUCUGGCUGGUUUGGAGUGAUCUUGAGCAUGUUCUCCUUCCUGUUCUUCACUGAUAUGGCCAUCUAUUGGAUCCACCGAUUCCUGCACCACAAGCUCAUCUAUAAGACUAUCCACAAACCUCACCACAAGUGGAAAGUGACCACGCCUUUCGCCAGCCACGCCUUCCACCCCAUCGACGGCUUCCUGCAGAGCCUGCCGUACCACAUCUACCCCUUCAUCUUCCCCUUACACAAGGUCACCUACCUGGGCCUCUACAUCUUUGUCAACAUUUGGACCGUCUCCAUCCACGACGGAGACUACCGCGUCCCCAAAUCCCUGGAGAGCAUCAUCAACGGCGCCGCCCACCACACCGACCACCACCUGUACUUCGACUACAACUUCGGACAAUAUUUCACCCUGUGGGAUAAAAUCGGGGGCUCCUACAAGAACCCCUCGGCUCUGGAAGGAAACGGCCCGCACGACCUUUGCCGGAAGCUGGAGGCCGAGAAGGAGCACCAGGAGAACGGCAUGGACAAGAAGAGGAACUAAGACACACGGCAUGGAAGGUAUAUACAUACCGAUCAGUACGGACCACGCGCGUGUACCGGUGCUCAUCUGAAAUCUAAUAUUCAGAACGGCCGCAAUUAAAGUGGAACUCUGGGCAGAGCUAAUACCUGUUGGGGAUACAAAAACAUUUAAUUUUUACUAUAAUGAAAGUCUUCUC